GCGCAGUAGCCAGCUCUAUUUCAACGCUUAGCCACUCUGGGCUAGACGCAGUCUGAGUCCGUUAGGUAAUCAGGGAGUUGAGAUUUUAUAACUUUUGUUAAAUGUCUUAAAAUUCUGUACUGGUUACCUACACCAAAAAAAGGAAAUGGGGAACCGUGUCGCUCGUGAAGAUUUCGAGUGGGUUUAUACAGAUCAGCCACAUGCGGACAGGAGGAAAGAAAUUUUAGCAAAGUACCCAGAAAUAAAGACGCUAAUGGGGCCUGAUCCAAGGCUGAAGUGGAUUGUCUGCAUGAUGGUUGUGAUCCAGUUCUUAGCAUUCUUCCUGGUCAAAGACCUGGACUGGAAAUGGGUCCUGUUCUGGACCUAUGCCUUUGGCAGCUGUAUCAACCACUCCAUGACCCUUGCCAUCCACGAGAUCUCCCACAACACAGCAUUUGGCAACAACCGGGCCAUGUGGAACCGCUGGUUCGCCAUGUUUGCCAACCUGCCCAUCGGGCUGCCGUACUCCGCCUCCUUUAAGCGCUAUCACCUGGACCACCACCGAUACUUGGGCGGAGACGGCGUGGAUGUUGACAUCCCCACUGACUUCGAGGGCUGGUUCUUCUGCACACGCUUCCGCAAAUUUGUCUGGAUCAUCCUUCAGCCUCUGUUCUACGCCAUCCGCCCUCUCUACAUCAACCCCAAGCCCAUCACCAGGCUGGAGCUAGCCAACCUGGCCGUGCAGAUGACCUUCAAUGUGGUCCUGUACUGGCUGUGUGGAGCCAAGACUAUGGUUUACAUGCUGGCAGGCUCCUUGCUGGGGAUGGGCCUGCACCCCAUCUCUGGACACUUCAUUGCCGAGCAUUACAUGUUCCUCAAGGGCCACGAGACAUACUCCUACUAUGGUUCCCUUAACCUGCUCACCUUUAACGUUGGCUACCACAACGAGCACCACGACUUCCCCAGCAUCCCGGGAUGCAGGCUACCUCUGGUGAAGAAAAUCGCGUCAGAGUACUAUGAUGACCUGCCCCACUACACAUCCUGGGUUAAGGUCCUCUAUGAUUUCAUUAUGGACGACCAGCUCAGUCCCUACUCCCGUGUGAAGAGGAGGCUGAAGGGAGAGGUCAAGCUGGAGUAAAUAUCCACCUACCUCUCCCAUAUUCUAACAAAUCAACACUGAACACACCUGACACCAGCUCCAACUCACCACACCAAUACUUUAACAUCAUUCAAAUUUCAAUACACAUUUUCACAUAAUGUGUGGAGAAUGUAGGUCCAACAUGAAUUUAAAUGCCCCCCCCCUCAGGAAAAAUUUGAAAAGUGCAACCUUUACUGCUUGCAUUCCAAAUUAGUCUUUGUUACACAACAAUAUCUGUCAUUUCUCCAAUUUAUUGCAAUUCUGUAGUCUUUUUAGAAACGUUUAAAAAAGAAAAAUCACUAUGUGAAGUAUACAUAUUUCAAGAAUUUAGUCUUUAAGUUUGAGUUUUGCAGUGUUCACGUGUACUCCUGUUUUUAUAAAUCCCUGUCUCCUCAGUUUUAUUUCAGGUCUUGAAAGAGGUUGUAUAGCAAUAUACUAUAUAGCUCUCUUUUAAUCAUACUGAUCUGCAAUCGCUAUAGAAGCAUGAAAAUGUGGAAUGUCUUAUUGUGAAAAUGUUUCAUUGAAAAGAAGUGGACUUUUGCACCCAUUAGAUCAGGCAAGUUAAACACUCAAUUUUAGUAUUGCUGCUUUGUGAAGUAUAACCUAGCCUGAUGUAAUAACUUAAUGUUCUCAAAACAUUUUCACCCCUAACUCAAUUGUAAAUGUUUUUGUUCUUCCAUGUAGACACCAUGUACCACAUAACUGUGUGUAUGACUUAAGUUUAUAGCUGAUUUUAUUCAAAUAUAUUUUAUGAAGCUUUACUAUGGGCAUUGUACAUGGGAUACAUGCCUCUUUUCUUGAGAAGAAAACAAACAGUGGAGACAGAAGAUUGACUUUAAAGCUUACUUUGAUGGUAGUGCCAUUUUGUUUUGUUGUUUUUGCCAAUACCUCAGUCUAAUAACUGAUCUACAUGGUCCAAAGCAAUUUACAUUUGCCCUAGUCAGUAUGUUUUAAUUACAUUUAGUUUUGAUACAAUGGGGAGGAAGAUUGGCAUUUGUUUAAAGCUUAUUUAAAAUAUGUGUAUAUAUGACAAGGGCCGUAGAUACUGCACCUUUUAAAACCAGACAAGAUCAAAUAUUGUGACUUGGGUUUUGCUUAUGUUUGAGCUUCUAUGGAGACCAAAUGCGGCCUUAAAUGUGUAAAUUAGUGUAAUGCAGAUGUUGCAUUCAUGUCUUCUCAGAUGAUGUGGGGGGGAAACUAGCUUGUCUAAGCGCCAAAAAUUGAUAACUAAUACUCAGUGUGCACUCUAAUGUAUAAAUCUACUGUAGGUUAAUGCAAAUGUUUUUAGAUUAUAGAAGACAAUAGCUAUUGUGACCUUCUCUUAUGGAAACCCAGUCAAAGGCCUAGUUAAUUGAAAACAAAUGUCCUUUGAUCCAUAAACUAUGGUUAAUGCUGUUACACUUCCAUUUGAUUCUGAAGGUCUGAUUUAUAACUGUCCUUAACAUUUUCAAAGCAGUAUACAGUGCCUCACGUAGCAUUUUUCAUGUUAUUUGCAGUAAACCCCAAAAUGUUUUUAGCACCGUGAUGGACCACAACAACAGAUCACACUCCCUUAGCCAUCGAUAUCAACAGAUAGAUAUAGAUGUCUAGAUAUUUAUAUAUUAACCUAAGUUGUGGUAUACCGGACUGUGACCUGUGAUGUGUACAUGCAAAAGCAUUGAGGAAGUCCAAACAGUAAAUCUUUUAGUAUUUAUUGGGUAGGCAUGUACCUUCUAAUCAAAACCAAUCCCUUUUACAGUUGAAAACACUGAAUCCUACUCAUAAUGUCACAUGCUUGGCCUGUCACUUUGGUCUGGAAGCAAAUUCACCGUCUGACAAAACAGUGUCUGUCGUGAGCCUGGGCCAACCCAGGACAGAUAACUGAAUCACGUCAUUAUCCAAAGUGGAAUGGAAGCUUGCUGACAUUGGUGCUGUGCUGAAUCACAAAUUGGCCCUUAUCCCUAGAAAGUCCAUGUAGAUCUGUAUGCAUUGCCUAUGAAUUUCAAUUGCUGAGCUGUGAAAUGUCAGCCAUAUAUUGAAUUGAUCGUCCCGUAAUACAGAUGUGACUCUGGGGUUGAUUUGGGAUUCAGGGGCUCUGAUACAUGGUAGUGGAGCCUGUUAUGUCUAUCAGUAUUAACACACAUUGAACUCAGGCUGGAGGGCACCAGGCCCUUUCACAGCUGGGUUUACUGGACUGAAAGAAUGAUACAGAGUAGUUCAUAUACUCAAAUCAAGCCUAUUUAAUUCAGAAAAUAUUUACAUUCCAUAGCAGUGAGGAGUCAUGUGUAAAACCUGCCUUUUGCAUUAAUGCAUUUAUAUUAUUAAACUAAUUGAGUUUUG